CUCAUUCAAUUUCAUAUUCAAUUUGGGCGACCGCGGCGUCUCUGUUCGCCUACGAAUCCGCCGGCGACGAUUUUAGAGUGUUGGAAUCAUCUGGGAAGCUCGACUUUUUUGCGGAUUAUCGAUUUUCCGGCGGUUAUACAUGGCUGGUGAAGAAGCUGCUCGUAAGGGAGAACGUCGGGGUAAUGAAAUGACAUCCUUGUUGCUUUUGUUGGAGGAGAUAAUAAGGAAUCAUCAAAUUAACAUGCUCCUCAUAUCUUUAAUGAUCACGCUUAUUGGCCCGCAAUCACGCAAGCGCAAGCGCCUAGAUAGAAUUAAUCAAUCAUUCAUGGUGAAUUCAUUCCCUACGCAUGUAAGGCAUUUAGAUAGGCUUGUGCGUUUGACAGACAAGUCAUGCGUGGAUAAUUUGAGGAUGGAUAGAAACACAUUCGGUCGCCUAUGUCGUAUUCUCCGUGAUAGUGUAGGAUUAAUUGAUCAGAAAUUCGUGACUGUUGAAGAGCAAGUUGCGAUGUUCUUAUGUGUUCUAUCACACCACAAGAAAUCUCGCAUUGUUGGUUACAACUUUAUACGUUCCUCUCAGACUGUUUCGAAAUAUAUACACAUUGUGCUCCGUGGUAUUCUCAGCCUACAUAGUUUGUUUUUGGUGAAGCCUACUCCAAUAGACGAUGCUUGCACUGACCGGCGCUGGAAGUGGUUUAAGGGGUGUAUUGGAGCUUUACAUGGUACGUAUAUCAACGUACGAGUGCCUAUUGCUGACGCCCCCCGAUAUAGGAACAGGAAAGGCCACAUCACAACCAACACUCUAGCCGCGUGUGAUCCUGAACUUCGGUUCACUUACCUGCUGCCUAGAUGGGAAGGCUCUGCAGGUGAUUCCAGGAUUUUGCAAGAUGCAGUCAGUAGACCAUUAGGAUUGAAAGUACCUAAAGGUUGCUACUACCUAUGUGACAAUGCCUACGCGAAUGCUGAAGGGUUUGUGACGCAAUACAAAGGUGUCCGAUAUCAUUUGAAGGAAUGGGGACCCGGAAGGCAAGCUCCUCAAACACCGGAAGAGUUGUUUAAUUUGAGACACACUAAGGCUAGGAAUGUGAUCGAACGAUCAUUUGCCGUUUUGAAAAUGCGAUGGGGUAUACUCCGAUCUGCGAGCUUCUACCCGAUAGAUAUUCAGACUGGCCUGAUAAUCGCAUGUUUCCUUCUUCAUAAUUUCAUAAGGAGUCAAAUGGCGGUUGAUCCGGUUGAGGAGGUGGAAAAUGAGGCCGACAAUGACGAUGAAAGUGCUACAGAGUCGGAUAGAGCUGAGCAUAUCAGUAGUGUUGAACCAUCGGCCUCUUGGACCAAGAAGAGAGAUGAUCUAGCUAGAGAAAUGUGGUCCCAGAGAAACAAUGUUUAAGUGUUUGUACUAAUCGAAAUUGAGUAUCUUUGCUAUCUUCCCCAUUUUAUUUCAAAUUUUCAAAACUGGUUGAAAUCUGUUUCCUACUGUGCCAUACUUUUCUUCAUUUAAGCUAAGUUAUUAUUUAGA